GAGGAAUUGUAGAACUCUGUUAUGAAUUGUUGUUCAGAAUUACACUCAGUUCACAUGUUUCAAUAAAUUCUAUAAUAGAAUUAUAAAUUCAUGAAUUGCUGAAAAAUUUCCCCUCAUUUUAUGCAUUUUUCAAUGAAUACGACACACAAGCCUUGAAAUAUUUAAGCGAUCAAUGUUUAUUCUAUAAACUUUAUAUCUGGGUUUCCUUAGAAACAAAUGAUAUAAUAUAUCAUAUCAUUCCUAUUAUAAUAAUUGCAUAGUGGCGUCUGAUACUCCGAUGCCAUUUCAAAAUUGGCGCGUAUUCAAUUCAUUCCUGACAAAUAAGCGCGUUGACAUGUCUAUUCCGAAAAAGUAGCGCCACAGUGGCGUAAGCUGGAGACAUAAAAAAGUAGUGCUGAAGUUAUUGUGUUAUAUUUUGUGAUUGUUUUUGGAUUAUAUGUAGAAAAUAUUAGAUAUUCCAGUGAAAAUUUGUUAGAAAGGACGCGGGUGCAAAAUAUGCUCUGAAAAUGAAAGAAAGCAUCCAUCGAUGAGUCUAACGGCGGGGUGUUGGCAUUGGCAACCAUCGGCCGUACUGGAUCGCAGCCGUUUUUCUUAACAUGGCUGCAACGCAGGCCGAAAAGCAGCAAAAUGACGUGAAUAGUGAAAAAGUGCAGCCGGAUCAGCAUAUUAACGUGCGGAAUUCCUUGUUGCAAAAUGGGACCGAUAAGAGUGGAGUUCGCGCGGGUGGUAGUGUGGUGAUUUCGAAGUCAAAAAAUACCGGUGGAAAAAAUCUCUCCAUCGAAAUGAGUCAAUACCGACAGGACGGCAAUAGUGGUGGAUCGACUGCAAUUCCGACGCAUAACACAACUGUGGGGCCCGUUCAGGCCGGAGGGCCGUGUGUCAGUGAUACCAGCGAAAACGAAACGUCCGUUUCUGGAGCCCCAACGUCGGCGGGUGACUCUGGACCAUAUUCCGGGGAAGGUCCACCGUCUGGGGACGGUUACGGUUUCCCAUACUCUAGGGACGCAGUGCAUAAUAGUGGAGAAGGUUUACACGCGUUUGGUCCGCGACAUUCUUUCGGGGGCCCCAAACAGCCAACUCCAAACUUUUCCCAACCCCCUCAGCCUCGUUUCGUGUCCGGACAAGCUAUAUCGCAGCAAACGGGGCCGACCCCUACGCUCAAUCAGCUGUUACAAAGCUCGAAUCCAAUGCCACACAGAUACCAAAACAACUACGACCAGCCCUACAAUCAAGGCUGGCCCCAGAAACCGAUGGGACCUUACAGCGGGGCACCCUCGUUAGCUCCUACCGCAACACCAGCCUACAGGAGUCAAGGCACGAUAUCGUCGCCUUAUGGCGGUUCGACACCUACGGCCGGCUACGGUGAAUCUGGACGCACGGGCUGGCCCAGUCAUUCGGUACCCUCUCAACACCCGCCCAGCAGUCCAGGUCCACCUAGUUCGGGCGCUACUACAUCUAGUCAGCCCUCUCCGCAAUCGGCGGCACCAAGUCAUUCCCCAGGUCCUGGAUCAGGUCUACCGCCCAGUCCUCAGCAUCAGGGAUUUCCGAAUAGGCCUGCACAGCCUACCACACCUAACGCCCAUGGGCCGGAUGCAGCUGAUUUGAGUGGCGGCAACAGCAACGACAGUUCUGGUGGGCCGAUUCCAGGUACACCGAAUUCGCAGGGUAUGAGACCCACUCCUUCGCCGACAGGAUCAACAGGGUCCAGGUCGAUGUCGCCGGCAGUCGGUCAACAGAACAUUCCUAUGCCACCUCGGCCAUCCAGUGGACCUUCUGAUAGUGGAGCGCCAACACGAAUCAGUCAAUCGCCUAUAGGCACUGUACCUGGCAGCUACCCAACCACACACCCUGCACCUCAUCCCACUCACACGGCCCAUGGUUACAAAACACAUCCAGGAAUGACACCGUCUGGUCCGCCUACAGCGCAGCAAAUGUCACUUUAUCAAUCCAAUCAGCAAUACCCACAGGGAAGUGGAUAUCCUCCACGAUCACAACAAUACCCUGGUCAAGGCUACGGUCCGCCAGUUUCACAAGCGCCUCCUUCAAACACAAUGACACCUCAGCAGUAUCAGAGUAGGCAGCCGAACCAUAUGCCUAACUCGCAAUUUCAGCCUUAUCAACAAGGGUGGCCAACACCGCCCCCUAGUUCGAAGGGAAAUGGUCCACCGCAAGCUCCGACAUCUCCACGACCACCUCACUACCUCAAACAUCAUUUGCAACACAAAAUGGGGUUCGGUGCGAUAUCUGGCACUCCACCCAGUCCUGGUCCACCUCAAACUUACCAUAUGGGUCCCCCGCCACCUGGUCACCACCAUAGUGGUAUGGGUCCCCCGAAUAAUCCUAGUAUGGGCCCGCCAAAUAUACCUUCUUCAGGUAGCCAACCGAUGCCCAAUAGUCAUUCUCAGCAUGACGGCCCCAUGCCACCACCUAGUUCAACUCCAAACUCACACUCGGUUCCACCCGAUAAUAUGAUGGAUAAUGGUAUAACCACAACUGCUCAAAGUGGCAUGGGGGCCCAUGUAUCCACAGCCUCUGCCGGCUCAGUGACUUCCGUAGUUACAACUGGUCCCGAUGGUGCUCCCAUUGACGAGGGAAGUCAACAGUCCACACUUUCCAAUGCAUCUGCUGCCUCUGGAGAGGAUCCCCAAUGUACAACACCGAAAUCUGGUAGAAAAAACGACAUGGGAGGACAUUACAGUCAUCCCACAACGCCUCAGAGCACAGUACCUUCUCCGGGUGCUGCCAGUAUGAACUCCAUACACGAAGAGUAUAGUGAAAUAAGCAGCCCUAAUUGGCCUAGAACGCCUGCAAGUCCUGUUUUUAACAGCCACGUGCCGCCACCGGACACCUACCGCUCCAAGAAAACGGACAGCCUGGGAAAACUGUACGAAAUGGACGAUAGUCCGGACAGGAGAGGUUGGUUGGAUAAGUUGUUAGCGUUCAUGGACGAACGAAGAACGCCGAUAACUACUUGUCCGACUAUUUCAAAAAACCCACUUGAUCUCUUCAGACUAUACGUUUACGUGAAAGAAAGGGGUGGUUUCAUGGAAGUGACCAAAAACAAGACAUGGAAAGACAUAGCUGGACUGUUAGGUAUAGGUGCAUCAUCAAGCGCCGCAUACACGCUGAGGAAACACUACACGAAAAAUUUGCUGGCAUACGAAUGUCAGUUCGAUAGGGGUGGAAUAGACCCGCAGCCGAUCAUCAAUCAAGUGGAAGCUAGCUCUAAGAAGAAGAGCACCAAAGCUGCCUCCGUACCAUCCCCCGGAUCUUCGAAUUCGCAGGAUUCCUUCCCUGCUCCUGGAUCUGGUGGCGGCUCUCUGGACGGUUACGGUUAUGGUUACCCACCGGGCCCCAACCAGGAUUACAAUACCGGACAGAGACCUUCCUCUCAAGCCAACGCGCCUUCUCCUCACGGUGGUGCUGGUAACGUGAAUCAUUUGAACAAUUCAGGUGCACCAGGAGGCCCCAGCCCUGCUGGCGGGGCUGGUGACAACGUUAACGUUUCAAAUCCAUUCGAUGACGUUUCGCCAAGUUCUAAUCAGAGAGGAGGCCCAUUCGCUGGUGGCCAGCACCCACCUUAUCCUGCUGGCGCUCCCCCUCGACAACAGGGUCAAAAUUAUAGCGGUGGUCAAGGAGGAGGUUAUAAUCAGUAUCCUAAUCCAGCAGCUGGACCUGGCGGAACACCAUCCGAUCAGUAUUCGCCGUAUUCUUCGAAUCCUGGAUACCCUCCUGCCGUUCGACCAUCGCCGUAUCCACCGUACUCUGGGGGCGAUUCUGGUGCUCCGCCCCCCAGUCCUGGAAGCAGUCAAACGCCUCCCGCAAGUACCCAGGAUCAUUACAACAGAUAUGGAAUGGGAAACACUCCGAGCGGUGGCUAUCAACCUAGACCAUCCUACGGCGGUGCUACGACCACUACUGGAGGGCCGCCAACUCCACAGCCUCCUGCGGGUACCUACGCGCCCCAGCAAGACUACUACAGACCCGAUCAGGUAAAGCCUGGUACGCCAAAUUCAACAUCUUAUCAACAACAACCAAAAAAUAUGCCGCCACCUGGACCACAACCACCAAGGCGGCAUCCAGAUUUUGCGAAAGAUCAGCAAACUUAUUCACAAUAUGGUCAGAAUAGGCCACAGAUGUACAAUUGGCCAAAUAAUAGUCAGUUCAGGCCAUCUCAGUAUAGCGGAACAAGUGGUCCACCUUCACAGCAGUGGCAGGGGGCGCGGCCGAGUGGCCAGUGGGAUAGAUACCCACCACCAAAUCAACCGUACCCACAAGGACCACCCGGUCAACAACAGUGGAACGCAAUGUCCGGGCAGGUACCGGGACAAACGGCACCUUUGAGAACACCGAUUGGUCCUAGAUCGGGAAAACCGUUUUCGACGUCAAUGAUGCCAACAAAAGGUGGUCAACAGACUCAAAUGAGCGCUUCCUACACUCCGAAUCAAGUGCCCAAGAGAGAAAUAACUUUUCCGCCUGAUAGUGUCGAAGCCACAGUACCGGUUGUAUACAGAAGAAAGAAAUUAUGCAAACAGGAUCUAGGCCCAGUUGACGCUUGGAGGAUAAUGAUGAGCUUACGGUCAGGUCUUCUUGCAGAAAGCACUUUUGCUAUUGACAUGUUGAACAUUCUACUAUAUGAUGACUCUACCAUACAAUAUUUUGGACUCAACCAGUGGCCUAGCUUACUCGACUUACUCUUGGAACAUUUCAGGAAGGGGCUCUCGGACAUAUUCGAUCGUCCGUUUCCCAAGCCCGAGACUGAUGUUCCUGAGGAGCCGGAUAUGGGAGCUGUUGCCGAACCUAUUGACCCAGAUAAUAAGACUGUUCUGCUGAAGGAUACAAACAAUUACUCGACGAUAUCACGUAGGGGGGAUCCGAUCAAAAUCGAGAAGAGCGACGAUCUAUUCGUCCGGGACCAUAGGAAAUCGUGGGACGUUCACGGAGACGCUCACGACUCUGAUUUAUUCAAAGAAAUUGAGACUGAUCCGUGGAAUAUACAUUCUGACCAUCUCUUGCCUCCUUUUCAGGCUGAAUUUGGAAGAAUACCAUUUCACAUGAAGUUGAAAGAUGAGGAGAAUUCAUGUAAAAAGGAAGAUGAAACGUACAGGCCACCUACGCCACCACCCGAUGAGGCUCCUCCACCUGCAUCAAAACCGGAUCGGAAACGUAGAACAAAGACUUUGAAUGAUGUGAUAUCUCGAAUAAAGAAGGACUCCAAUAAUACAGAAUCUGCAACCGCGAUCAUAUCCACGGAAACGAACGUCGCGCAUAGUACAGAGACAAUUGAUAUUGUAAAGACUGAGGACGCAUCGUGCGAUACUAAAGCCAUUGUCGAUUUGAGCGUGAGUGUGAACGGUGAACUGAAAAAUAAUGAAACGGGUGGCAGCAUGUCGCACGUGCGAGACAGGGGCGGCUCCUUUAAGAGGAGGCGGUCAUCGGACAUAGAGGACGAGGCUUAUACGCGCGACGAGGCCAGUUUGGUCCUUCUGACCGAAAGUCAAGACAAUUUGGGAAAACGAUGUGUUUGUAUGUCCAAUAUCUUACGUAGUUUAACAUUCGUUCCAGGUAAUGAGGCAGAGUUCUCCAAGAAUGCCACUUUCUUGAAACUAUCCGGAAAAUUGUUACUUCUCCAUCAUUCUCACCCGCCAAGGACGCAAAAAACGAGAAAUUACGAUCGUGAGGAGGAUGCUGACUUUGGUGAUUCCUGUAGCAGUUUACAAGGUGAAGGAGAAUGGUGGUGGGAAUUCUUGCAACAGAUCAGAGAAAAUGUUCUUGUAUCGAUUGCAAACAUUGCUGGUCAAAUAGACGUAUCCCAGUUUUCGGAGGAGAUAGCUAGACCAUUAUUAGAUGGUCUCUUACACUGGGCUAUUUGUCCCUCAGCCGCCGGACAAGAUCCUUUCCCAUCGGUUGGACCUUCGUCGCUUCUGUCGCCCCAACGGCUUGCCCUGGAGGCCCUGUGUAAAUUGUGCGUUACAAAUUGCAAUGUCGAUUUGGUAAUAGCCACACCACCCUUUUCUAGGUUGGAAAAAUUGUGUGGCGUUCUGACAAAACACUUGUGUCGGUCCGAAGAUCAAGUCUUGCGCGAGUUCUCUAUCAACCUCCUACAUUAUUUAGCUGCGGCAGAUAGCAGUCUUGCUCGUGUGGUGGCCUGCCAAACGCCUUGCGUCUCUUUACUUGUAGCGUUUAUAGAACACGCAGAACAAAGUGCAUUAGGGGUAGCCAAUCAGCAUGGUAUAGGUGCGUUACGGGACAAUCCUGAUUCGAUGGGUACAAGUUUGGACAUGUUGAGACGUGCCGCUGCUACCCUCGUAUUUUUGGCUCAGCAUCCCGAUAAUCGUGCUUUAUUGGUGCAACAGGAAGCGCGACUGUUGGCCCUAGUGAUGAGUCAAAUUUUGGAUCAACAGGUUGCGUUGCUUCUGUCCAAAGUACUGUUUCAAAUUUCGCGCAGCUAAUCCCACCCUGUAGAUACUCUUGGAUGGUGUACAGAGCCUGUAUAGGACUAGAACCUCGCGUGAGUGCGUGGCGGACGAAAAAAAAAAAAGAGAAAUGGGGCCCACGGCUCCAACAGACCCUCCGAUAGCUAAUUAAAAUUAAUUAGUGUAAUCCGUAAUUAAUUGUACCAUUUUGUAAAUUAAGCAAGAUACGUCUUUCUGGAAAUAUUACAUCCCUGUUACUUAUGUAUUUAUUUUAUAUCAGAGUACAGUAGUACAGUAGCCCUCAAGUUGCCUGGUAUGGUGGUCAUUUAUCCCCUUUAUUUUUCUGCGCACUCACUUGUCUCAUUUCGUAAUGGUAUUACUGUGCGAAUGCUUUAUACAUGUCUGAUAUUGAAUUGAUUAAAUAAAUGUACAAAGAAGUACCGAAAUGGUGUUUUUAUACAAGUUUUAAUUUUCUAUGUAUAUUUAGAAAUGUUUUAUACAUCCCAUUUUAGCUGUUAUACUAAAGAUGAAUCUUUAACGAACAAGUAAGGACUGUAAAAAUAGAUGCGACUAGCAUCCCAUAGAAGCAGUCGUGCUAUAGAACUCGAAUGUAGUUUAAAAUAUGUGGUGAUAUUUUUCUGGCUGUAGGUAUAAUUCAACUUAUGUAUGAUUGCAUAUUGUAAAUUAAGUAAAUGCUGAUUACAUUCAAA